UGAGCUCCCCUUUUCCUUUUUGUAUAACCUUUACGAGGUUAGUUUGUGCAAGUUAUUUAAGAUAAUUAAUUGUAUUUCGUAUUUAAUUUAGUUAAAAGUUGAGUUUAUUUUAGAAUAAAUACACUGUCCAAGAUGUUAUCUCGUUUAUCUGCGAGAGCAAUAUUUAAACCGCAGUCCUUCUUCGGGCUGUCAUAUGCACGACCCGCUUCUACAGAAGUCGUGAAAACCGAAGAACAGCCGGCAGAGAAAAAAUUCAUCGAAUCAUCAUAUGUCGAUUUCGACCCGGAGAAACCAGUUACUCAACUGAAAGCAGAUUAUAUUCCUUUACCAUCUCCUUUUCACGGACCUGAACGAGAUUUAGUCAAUUUCCCUAAACCUGUCAGACUUGAGAAUACCUCACCAUGCCGAAUGGUAUUCAUUCCAGAAGAAUGGUUCAAAUUCUUGUACCCAAAACUGGGAGUUGCAGGUCCGUAUACUUUGGGUAUUGGUAUUAUGGCGACGUUGAUUAGCAAAGAAUUUUAUCUCAUCGAUGAUGCUGAAUUUAAGCAUACUGUCGCUUUCUUCAUUUGGAUUUAUAUUUUUGCGAAAUCGCCGCUCGGUAAAAUGGCGGCCGAUUGGAAUGCCAGUUUAGGGAAGGAAGAAUCCGAUAGGAUGAGAAACUUCAGAAAACAGAAUGAAAAAGAUUAUACUGAUGCGAUUGACCAUGAAAAGAAAGAGCAAUGGCGUCAAGAAGGUAAAAAGCUUUUAUUCCAAGCCAAGAAAGAAGCUAUCGCCUUACAACUGGAAGCGGCUUACCGACAAAAUAUAAUGAACCUAUACCAACAGGUGAAAAAACGAUUAGACUACCAAGUUGAAGUAGGAAAAAUUGAAUCGAGAGUCAGACAGCAAUUCAUGGUAGAAUGGGUAGUGAGAAGUGUUCAAGAUGCUAUUGCAGCUCAACCAGAAAAAGAAACGCUCAAGAAAUGCAUUUCUGAUUUAAAUUUACUAGCUGCUAAAGCAUAAUUUAGUUGUAAUUUGGUCGUUUUCAACAUCUUUAUUUUUAAAUGCCGAGUUCUUCUACGAUGUAUUUAUACCGAAAGUAAAACAAUUGAAUUGGAAAUAGAUUAGAUAUUACGUUUA